GUUACGAGCUUCCCGGGUGCUGCUGGUGGGGAUGAAGGGUCUCGGAGCAGAAGUGGCGAAGAAUCUCAUCUUGGCAGGAGUCAAAGGCUUGACCAUGCUGGACCAUCAGCAGGUUUCCCAGGAGGACACGAGAGCUCAAUUCCUCAUCCCCGUGGGUUCCUUGGGCCGCAACAGAGCUGAAGCCUCGCUGGAGCGGGCACAGAACCUUAAUCCCAUGGUGGAUGUAAAAGCUGACCCUGAGAGCGUGGAGAGCAAGCCCGAAGAGUUCUUCACCCAGUUUGACGCAGUCUGCCUAACCUGCUGCUCCCGGGAUGUUAUGGUGAAGAUCGACCAGAUUUGCCACAAGAACAGCGUCAAGUUUUUCACCGGCGAUGUUUUCGGCUACCACGGCUAUAUGUUUGCCGACCUCGGGGAACACGAAUUUGUGGAAGAGAAAACCAAGGUCGCCAAAGUCAACCCGGGCGUGGAAGAUGGGCCGGAUACCAAAAAAGCCAAACUCGACUCAUCAGAGACCACCAUGGUGAAAAAGCGCGUGGUUUUCUGCCAGCUGAAGGAAGCCCUGGCCGUCGACUGGAGCGGGGAGAAGGCGAAGGCGACGUCAAAACGCACCACCCCGGAUUAUUUCCUCCUCCAAGUGCUGUUGAAAUUUCGGACGGAUAAUGGCCGGGAUCCUUCACCCCAAAACUAUGCCGAGGACUCAAAACUGCUGCUCCAGAUCCGCCGCGAUGUCCUGGAGGCAUUGGGGUUCGGCGCCGAUUUGCUGCCGGAUGAAUUCGUCAGCUACUGCUUCUCCGAAAUGGCUCCUGUCUGUGCCGUGGUCGGAGGCGUCCUGGGCCAGGAGGUGGUCAAGGCCCUGUCCCAGCGGGACCCCCCCCACAACAACUUCUUCUUCUUUGACGGCAUCAAAGGCAACGGGAUCGUGGAGUGCCUGGGCCCCAGCUGA